AUGGCCGGACCCCUCUUCUCCCAGCUCUCCGACGACGUCGUUCUCAAGAUUCUCUUCAAGCUCGAAGAGGACCCGCGAAACUGGGCCAGGCUCGCCUGCUCUUGCACCAAGUUCUCGUCUUUGAUUCGCAACGUUUGCUGCAAGACCAAGUGCUCCGAAGUCAUCCCUUCCGUCGUCUCCGAUCUCCUCUCUGGCUCAUCUGUGCCACCGGGCGGUUGGGCCGCGCUUCACAAGCUCGCCGUGUGCUGCCCCGGUCUCCUCCACUCCGGUGUUCUCUUUGAGAACUCCGAUUUCGGCCUCGAACGUGAGGUUGGCCCCGAUGAGAAUUAUCGGAGAUUGGAUUCGUCUCCGGCCGCCAAGCCCCAAACCGAGCCUUCCUCGAGCCAAAUUGGUGCGAAUCAUGAAGUGGGUGCUUCAGGGCCUAAUUGUUCUUGGUCUCUCUUCGAUGAUCUUUAUUUCGAUACGGUGUAUGAUGAUUCUGAAGCCCAAGUAGAAGCAGCAGAGGAUCAGGCUAGUGUUGAGAAAGGUGGUGUUAGAGUGGGCGGUGAAUUUUCUAUAUGUAAGAAGAGGAAGGUUUGUAGGCCGAUGAGGUCGCAUUUAGCUUCUGGGGUUUGGAAUUUGAGCCGUGAACAGGGCAAUAAGCUUCUUCACAGUCGGUUCCGUGGUGAUUGCUUAUACAUAUGUGAUUGGCCUUUCUGUGUUCACAUCGAAGAGAAGCGGAAUUACAUGCUUUUCAGAGGGAUUUUCAAGGAUUUCAAGGGGUCUCAAGUGUGGAGGACCAUAAGGGAUGGGAAUAGGAGCAAGAUUGAUCUGAAUUGUGCGUUUUGCUCCUGUAAAGAAACUUGGGAUUUGCAUUCUGCCUUCUGUUUGAGGCGGGUUUUCGGUUACCAUGACGAUGGUGAGCCGGUUGUUCGAGCUUAUGUCUGUGAAAAUGGGCAUGUCUCAGGGGCUUGGACUGACUUGCCAUUGUACUCUUAA